AUGGAUGAUUAUACCCUUGAAUUUGAUUAAGUAAGCAUUAGCAGUAAGACGACAUAUAAAGCUAAUUAAAGUGAUUAUGGGACAGCCACAAAUAUUACAAUUACUCCAAGGACGAGGACUGUUUCACAGAAGAAGAGUGCACGCUCACUAAGCAAAAGAGUUUAUUAGCCUGUGCCUUACAUUCCUUAUGUACAAAAGCUAUAAGCUUUGAUUUUAGAUUCUAAUUACUAGAAGUUGACAAUAAAGUAGAUACAGGAUGAAAAUAGCCAACUCAAUGAUAAAAUCAAAGCACUCAACAAAGAAUUAAGCAAAUACAGCGAAAAGAAGCAAGAUCAUUUGGUUAAAAACAUAAAUUCUAACAAACUUGAAUAACAAUCAGUUAUGUCAAGUGCAUCUAGAUAAAGCUCUAGAUCUUUAAAUCCCAAAUACUACAACUUAGACACUGAGAUUAUUAACACUGACAAAAUUAUUCAGAAGCUUAGAGCUGAAAAUAAUAGACUUUAAUAAAGGGAACAGUUGAUCAUGGAGCCAAAAUAUAUGAAUGAUAUUAAAAGUUAGAUUUAGGCUGCACAAAAAGUUAUUUAAACAUACAAAUAAAACAUAAACAAAUUGCAAUAGCAGAAAAAAGAAAUCGAAAAUCAAUUACAAGAUAUAAAUAGAAGGAAUGGAAUUCCUGCUGAAGUUAAGAAAACUCAUGGAAUAAAAAUGGAAAUUAGCAUCUUCGACACGAAAAUAGUGGAAGCAAAUAAUAGAUUACAAAAAAUUCAAGAAGACAUGGCUCACAAUAAUAAUGUAAUGAAAGAAAAAAAUAAAAUAUUUGAUGAGUUAUGCUAGAAGGCUAAAUAGUUAAAUGUUCCAAUUUAUCAGUAGAAAUAGAAAGAAAUGUAGGAAUAGGAUAAAAGAAUGCAUUUGAAAAAGCUCAGAGAAAAGAUAUAAAUCAAUGAAAAGAAUAUGGAGACUAUGGAAAAACAGCUCAGAGUAAGAGAAGAUGAGAUGAAAAAAGACGUCAUAUAGCUAAAGAGAAAAUCUAAAGAUAUUGAUGACGAUAUCUGGCUCAAGGAUAGAGAUAUUGCUAUACAAGUUAAGGAAUUAAAUUAACUGAUGGAAGAGGCAGGGAUAGAAAAACUGUAAUAAGUCAAUAACCUUGUCGAACAGGAGAAGGACAGCUCUUAGAUAUUAAAUACUUAGAGCAAAGAGCUGGAUGAAGACAUAAAAUUAGAAGAUAACUUGGAUAUUAAAAACACCACUUUUACAAUUAUUAGAAAGCAACCCUCGUCUUCAUAGCAAUCAAAAAGAAGUGGCCUACAUUCACCUAAGAGUAGAAGCAUACAAAGAGAUAGAGAAGAAAAAGAUGUGAAACCUAAAUUCUCACACUUGAUGGAAUAUAAAAGGAAGGACAGUUCUAAUACUGCUGAUCAAUAGCAUGAUGUAUCUGUGAGUAAUCAAUCUAAGCAUAUAGAAAGCUAAGAAAUGAAUGAAAAUGACAUAUCUUUGAUUUCAAAACCAAAAUUCAUUAUCAAAAAAAUGAAAAAAUCAGAAGAUGACUAAAACAAAGAAAAUAUUGGUUAUCUUAAAAUACAUGAACAAAGCUAUGUCCCUAAAGGUGGCUAAGAUCAUACUUAAUAAGCUAAUAAUACUAACCAAAAAAGCGAUGCAAACAUAUCAAAGAUAGUAAAUGGUAUAGCAUUGAAGAAAGAUGGAGAUGAUAACUCUGACUUGUCUGAUACUCCUAUCAAAAAAAAUAUAUAAGCAAAAUAAGACUAGAAAAAAGAAGUAAUUGGUGAUGAUGAAGUUAACUAGAGUUAGAAACCUACAUUUAACUUCAGAAGCAGAAGCAGCAAUUAAAGGAAAUCUAUCAACGAACAAAAAUAAGACUAAGACAGCUUAUUUAAAGAAGUCAAUACUUCCAAGAAUGUUAAUUAGCAGCAAAAUAUAUCAUAAAACAAUUUAAAUAAUCAUAACCAAAUACAUGAGAAUGAGUAAUAGUAAAUUAAUGUGAGAGUUUCAGCAAAUAAAUAAGAUUCGUUUCCUAAAAUUGACCAGAAAGUAGAUAGCAAAAUACCUAACAGUUAAGUAGAAGAUAAGACAUCAAAGCAAGAAGAUGAAGGCUACAGCUUUGUGCCUAGAAGAGUUCAAAGAAAUAGAGGUGUAGCAAGCUAUACAAACGAUACUUACAUGCCUUCUAUUUUGUAGAAUGAUUAGACUUAAAAUACUCCAAAUACUAUAGCGAAGUCUAAUAGAUCUAACUUAGAUAACCUCUUUGAUGAUAAAGCAUAGAGCAAGUAGGAAAACAAAUAAUUAUCUAACUAACAAAAUAAUAUUUCUGAUUAAAAUAACAAUUACUAGGCAUAGCCUAUUCUUUCUCGGAAUAGAGGAGGAGGAGCUGGAGGUGCUCCAUAUCUCAUGAGCUAAGAAAAUAACUCAUUUAACAUUUAAAAACCAUAGGAACCAUCCAAUUUUUAUAACCCUACAUUUGGAGGUUAAUAAAGUAAUAAUAUAGAAAAGAGAGAUGGAGGAGUAGUAACUGCCAAUCAGUAAAGACUUAAUACUAAUUAGAGUAGCGAUUCAAGAGAUGCAAAUUAGCAACCAAAGACUUUCAACUUUGCAGCGAAGAAAUUACUCUAGUCACCAGAAAGCGAUUAAAAUAAAAAUUAGAAUGAUAUGAUCCCAUAAUAAAAGCCUACUGAGCAAAAUGUAAAUCAAAAAUCUUAAACAAAUAAUAAAGUUGAAGAUAAAGAAAUGAAAAAACCAAAAGUUUAAGAAGAAGUUGUGUUUUUAGGACCAAACGAUAGACUAAGAAGACCUUAAAAUAAGCCAAGAGAAAAUACAACUUAAAAAAGAAACAUUUUUGAUGAAAAUAGCAGUUCUAACAAUCAAAUUACAUUUUAAGUAAAAGACCUCACAGAAGCUCCAAAAAAAGAUCUUUAAGAAUCUGUCCGCCUAAACCCUAUCCAUAAAUAAGAAAAUAUAAAUUUUUUCGAUGAAAAUAAACAGGAUGGCCACGAAUCAGAUGGUUUAGAUUUUUUAAAACAAGAGAAUAAGCCAAAAGUGAAUUAUGAUGACGAUGACGAUUAUACAUUUUCUAAAAAUAAAAAAGAUGAUUCAAAGAGUAAAAAACUUUAAAUAGGAUAAAAGCCAGCUCAAAAUAAUGACUAGAAAAUUAAAGAAUUGGCAUAAAAAGCUUAGAAUGCAGAUUUAUUUGGCGAAUUGGGUAUUUGA